CUUGACUUAGGGGAGUGAGUACCGUAAGAUAAAGACAGAGAACGCUAUUACAGCUUCACACUGGAAUUUAAACUCUGGUCUAACACCCUUUUAAAAUGCUGGGUCCGGUGCACCCUUCUCCCCUGCGCAGGCGCGGCGCGCCCUUCCUCUUAUGCCUUGGGAUUGGUGAGCUACAGGCCAUAUGGGCUCGGGCUCCGCCCCUAGGGGGAGCCUGCACGCGGCGUUUCCGGUUCGUUCGGGCUGACAAUGACGGAGCGGGGCGCCUCUCCGGAGGACCCCUGGGUCAAGGUGGAGUACGCGUAUGGGGACAGCAGCCUGGACCCUGGGCUCUUUGUAGAAAGUAACCGAAAGGGGAGUGUAGUGUCCAGGGCCAAUAGUAUUGGCUCCACCAGUGCUUCCUCAGUCCCCAAUACAGAUGAUGAGGACAGUGAUUACCAACAAGAGCCCUACAAGGAGUCGUAUAAGGAUAGGAGGCGCCGAGCCCACACACAAGCAGAACAGAAGAGGAGAGAUGCCAUCAAGAGAGGCUAUGAUGACCUUCAGGCCAUUGUCCCCACCUGUCAGCAACAGGAUUUCUCCAUUGGCUCCCAGAAGCUCAGCAAAGCCAUUGUUCUUCAGAAGACCAUUGAUUAUAUACAAUUCUUGCAUAAAGAGAAGAAGAAACAGGAGGAGGAAGUUUCUACACUACGAAAGGAUGUCAUGGCCCUGAAAAUCAUGAAAGUGAACUAUGAGCAGAUUGUGAAGGCACACCAGGACAACCCUCAUGAAGGGGAGGACCAGGUCUCUGACCAGGUCAAGUUCAAUGUGUUCCAGGGCAUUAUGGACUCUCUGUUCCAGUCCUUCAAUGCCUCCAUUUCUGUGGCCAGCUUCCAGGAGCUGUCAGCCUGUGUCUUCAGCUGGAUUGAGGAGCACUGUAAGCCCCAGACCCUCCAGGAGAUUGUUACUGGGGUGCUGCACCAACUGAAAAACCAGCUCUACUAACUGCUAGCCUUUCAGCCAAUGCUCCUGGAAGUGUGGAAUGGGGAGGCUUGUUGAGUUCUGGUUCUGACAUCGCAAACAGAACAUUUGCUUUGUUUGCUGGGUUUUGGACAGCUUCUGACUAAUUUAUUUUAUCAGUACUAAGCAAACCCAUCUCAAACCUGUGGGAGUUCUAGGGGCCAUUGGAUUUGUCCCCUAGAAAUCACUUCUGGCAGGAAACUGGAGGAGGCAGAGAAAGUAUUUAUAUAAUCAUGGGAGUGCCACCGGCACUCAUCCCCAGUGGUGCUGCCACAUCCGUCCAUGGCACAGACAAAAUUUUUAGCAUGUUAUAUGGGGAUUUUAUCCCUAGGGAGUCUGCCAUGGUGAUCAGAAACCUUAUGACAAAUUUCUUAACUUUUAUUUCAAUGUAAUCUUUUUAAGCUUACAAUUGUAUUAAUUUUUUAAGUCAGGCAGGUCUUGUGGUACCUCAGGCUUACAUGCCACCUCUUUUCACUUGAAGAGUUCAUUAGGGAUAGAUGUCCAUUCUCCUGACCACUUCCUACUUGCUGUAACAGUUUCUAUCAGAAAUGAGCCAGGGGACAGUGGAGAAACUUCUGUCUCAGAUAUAUAGAAGCCUAGCCCCCUCUCCUUUUUUUCAGGCUUACCAUCCAAUACAAAUUAUUUUUAUAUCAAAUUGUAAUUGCAAUAAAUUUUACUAAAUGCUUAAGCCCAAAUUUGUCCUGAAUUUAUCAAGUCAAAUCUGAGACUAAAGUGAUGUGAGUAAUAUAUAUAAAACCAUCUGCCUUCUUGGUACUAAUUAGUCUAGUCACUUUGCCUUAGUUUAGACUCCUCCUGUAGACAAAAGACAGCUGGAAGUGCCAAAACAACACCAAUACAACCAGUCCAGGAAGUUCCUUCUGACCCUUCUACAUUGUUUGGAGAGAGGUUCCUCAGGGGUCUGGAAGAGCAACGUUAUAAUCUUCAUCUGUCUCGAUUCCAACUUCUUC